AUGUCGUUUCGCCAGGUGAUUCUGAUUUUGAAAAACAAGACCCAACCCGAGCUUUUGUACGAGCUGGAGCCCCACAGACUCUACUUUUUGGCGUGUUUCUGCUGCGCCGUCGUGUUCACAGUGUACGGGUGUGUUUUGCUCGAAUGGGCCGUGUACCAGGCCAACAAGGACUACGAGGAGAACGAGAAAGAGCUUGCAGAGGCCUUGAGGAAAAGAGAGUGGGUCGUUCUGGUCGGCAAGUACGGCAUCAUGGGCGCCGUGAUGCUCUUCAUGGCGUACCAGACGGCCAUGUUCCCCACCAGGCUUAUCAGGAGAAUGUGGUAUCUUCCUGGUCCUGUUGAGCACAUCAAGUUCACUUCCUACCCGUUGUUGCCCGGCAGACCGUCGCCUGUUUACACCGUGCCUUUGCGUAAUUUGACGAGAAAGCACCAUGCCCGUGUGUGGACCGGCAAGGGUUUCUACGGCACUGCCGACAAGUCGUUGUUCUUUUUCGUGUUGAAGGAGGAGACCACCAAGAAGUCGUGGGUCGUGGACAGAAGGGGCUUUUUCUGGUCCGACGGGCGUGUGUUUGACUUGCUUUUCGGCAAGGAGACGAUUGCCGAAGCCGAGGCUGGUAUUCCGUACGACGAGCAGAUUGGCAUAGUUAACCGUGAGGUGAAGAGAAAGAAGCAGAAGUUGCGGGAGCAGCACGGUCCGUUCUGGCAGUUGAAACUUGGAGCGAAGGAGUUCAAGGAGGACGUGGGCAAGGCCACGAAUUACGUGAAGGGAGCUGCCAAAAACCAGACCAAGGCGUUGCCCAAGGGCAAGAAGGGGAAGUUUCUGAAGGAGAAGUAG